AUCCCUAGCAUGCAAGUCUCGGUUAACAGGACACUCUGUGAACAUUAAAUUUUACAUUGUCGAUCUACCUCGAUGGCAUUUUAAAUCGUACUCGCCUAUGGACAAACCGAAGCCCACACACACAUACGAGUCACACAAAGCUCUAUUUAUAUGAAUUAACAAUUAUUGGGUUGAUUUAAAAAGGGGAGUAAGAUUUAUAUUUUUUUUUUAUUAUGAUGGAGAGUAGUUAUUCUGAGUAGGGACUCCAGUCUAUCUAACCAAGUCAACUAAAUGAAAGUUAUGUAUGAUGUCAGAUUAAUAACUUUUAGCAUGGUUUUCAUUUUGUCAGUGUUGCAAGAACAGUGUCCAUAGUCGAUCAGAUGGUACGAAAUGGAUGGAAUUCAAAAUAGAGUCCUGGCAAAAUAUAACUCAUAGUUACUCAUAAUAGUCAUAAUAUGCCAUAUGGCAUGCGCGUGGUCAAUGAUACCUGUCGCUCGUACGGAGUAGAGAAGUAAGAUGGGUUGAAUGCGUGGGUUUUAGAUCAUAAGGUCAGAUGGCAUGGUUUUGAUCCCAAGCUAGAACAUAACAAGGAAAAGUACAUCGAGAGAUAGAGAAAUGGGGUUUAACGUCCACUCCACACAAACUAGGUCAUUUGGGACUAACACAUGGUUCAUUAAUUCAAGGGGUCUUUAGCAGUGGAGGAAAAUGGAGGACCCAGAGAAAACCCACGAGGUUGGACAGGCGACCCUAGCCUACUCCUUGUCCCGUAUACCAUUGAAACCACGGCAGUUAACUCAAUGACAGACCUUAUGAUACAACACACACACGCUAACUAUUCGGCCAUCCAACUCCCCUGGAAAAGUAAAGAACGUCUGUCCAACCUCAUGGGUUUUCCCUGGGUCCACCGGUUUUUUCUCCCUCUGCGCAAGUCCUUUGUUCGAUCCUGUCGUUGGCUGAGAAGUUCAUUGUGAUUUUACGAUGAGGUUUCCUCCCUUGUCAUUGCUGCAGAACAAUGCCUGUAUAGCGGUAUAACAUAGUCAUUUGUAUGGGGUGAAAAACUGAGGUCCAAAGUACACAUUGGCAUGUCUGUUAAAAAGAACCCUUGGCAGUUUGAAUUUGAUAUUAAGGCCGUGCAGAAAAGUAGGAUGUUAGACCCAGUUUCAUUUUUCCCUUUCUUUCUCUCUCUCUCUGGCAAUCUAAUUAAAAUACAGAUCGAUGAUCUGACCAGUUGUUUUUUUUUGUUUUUUUUGGGGGGGGGAGGCGGCGUCAGAGGUCAUACGAGUGACUUUUGACAUUAUGACAUCAGAUAUUUGAUAAACCAAUCAGACCGUUUCAUUGGCUAAUCCCUCACAUCAUCCAGAUAACAAGUCUUCCAGAUCCUAGUGUAGUAAAGAUAAGUAAAACGAAAUUUUGAACUAUAAAAAAUGAAACGAAAUAGGAUCUGUGUUUUAAUCAGAUUGUCUCUAGAGAAUUCAAGUGAUUGAAUUACCAAGAUACUUUAAUCUAACUCAUUUCUUUCUUUACAGGUGAGGAAAUACAGGUGAGGAAAUAUGGAAUUAAAUGAUAUGAUGACUUAAAGCAGCAUCCGGCCUAAAGAUUGGAAGACCUGCAAUAGGCAGAUUUAGAUCUUGCAUAAUGUAUGUUUAAUGGACUUAUUCCAGCAAAUGAUACAUGUAUGGCAACAAUAAAUGCAGAACUUGCCUUGAAAGCAGCACAGUCUGGGAAUCUGGAAUAUUUUCAUCACUAUGAGAAAACAAUCCAAGAUGGUUGUAAUGGUCAUGAGUUGUUGUCAAUCACCCAUAAGAAGUCAGGUGACAGCUUGUUGCACAUAGCAACCAGAAACGGUCAUUUAGAGUUACUACAGUAUUUAUAUGAGCACAGUGGAAAUUUAGAGAUAGCAAACUUUGAUGGGAAGAGGCCUAUUCAUGAAGCUGCCCAAUACAGCCAGUUAAAAUGUUUACAGUAUUUAUUAAAAAAUGGAGCUGUUGUGGAUUGCUUAAAAAGAGCUGAUUGGACACCAUUGAUGCUGGCAUGCACAAAGAAAGAUAUUGAAAUCGUUAAAUUGUUGUUGAAAUAUGGAAGUAAUCCAGCCCUGAUAAAUAAAGAUGGCUGGAAUUCAGUUCAUAUAGCAUGCCGAGAAGAUAGUAUUGAUAUUGUUCAACUAUUACUAGAGUCUGAUGGUGGCAUGAUUGAUGUCCGUAGUAAAAAUGGAAGAACAACUUUACAUACUGCUGCAUUGAAUGGGUGUAUGAAUACAGUGGAUUAUAUAUUACAAAAUUCCUGUUUAUCUGUGGACGAGAAAGACAGCUGUGGAACAACACCAUUAAUGGACGCUAUGAGAAUGGGUCAUCUGGAAAUCGCUAAAACUUUAAUAGAGAGUUACCAGGCAGACGUAAAUAUAUCUGAUAAUGAAGGGAGACAACCGAUACAUGUAGCCAGUCAGACUGGACAGUUGGAGGCUAUCAGAUGUUUGAUAGAUAAAUAUAAUAUAGAUGUUAAUAUAGCUACAUACUCUACUGGUAUAACAUCUUUACAUAUAGCAGCCAAGGAAGGUCAGUUUGAAACAGUAAAAUUAUUAUUAUCUUAUGGUGCUGAUGUUAAUAAAACUGACUGUAAAGGUAGAACAGCCCUUGAUAUUGCCCAAGGUGCCAGAAAACAAGAUUGUAUUGAAAUAUUACUCGGACAAGGUCCUAGAAACGAUCACAUAGAUUGAAAUAGACUAGUAUCCAGUGGACCGAAACACGAAACACGUGUUAUCUCAUAACAUCAGACAGUCGGUGCAGAACAGAACUCUAAACCCCAUUUCUUUUCAGUGGUUUUGUUUUUGGUGGACUGAGGUAGUAAGAAUCAAAUCUUCGGAGGAAUCUUCCACAAUGAUCGAUAUUUCAAACAAGUCACUAACUGAUGUGACCUGCUGGCCUUCUUUCACUGAUAAUUUUGACCAGUUGUCAAAGGUAAAACCCACCACUGUGCAAAAGGUGUGAUUUGAUCAUAUAUUUGGACUAAGAACACAUUCAAACUAAUCAAUCUAUCACAGAUUUGCUUCAAAUUCCUCUCAAAGCUUUCUAUUCUUGGGGAGAUACCGAAUGCUAUAAAUAAACUGUUGUUAGACAUGGCGUCAGUCAGCUCAUUGAAGGAUGGUCCAUUUUGCAGAAUGUAUUUUUCGUUUCUUACUGUCCAUUUAUCAUAACAUAUUGCGGCCUAAGUAAAUUCUUAAUUAUUUUC